AGGCGGGUUAUCACGGCACUUUUCUCAAGGGCUCGGGCGAUACAGUAGUACCGAUAUCCAUCACUUGGUAGGAUUUUCCCAUCCAAAAUAAAUGCAAUUUCGGUCGUAAAUAACAAGUAUUUAAUAAACCAUAACGUUUGUCUACACCGGAAAGUGAACGGCUGCCUAUAUGGAUGGAUAACCUGGUGUUAUUUAACUGUGUUUUUGUCGCUGUGAAGGACCGCAAGCUAACGUGCUAAUUUUCAUCUGUUGAGGAUCAGUGACCAGACUGAGGACAUACAUCAAUAACAUAUUUACAAGUCAUAUGUUUUACUCAUAUAAGUCAUAUUAAAACACGUACUAGUUAGAAAGACUGGUAACCAGCGGUAUCUGAUGUUUAGGUGAUGGUAGAGAGCUGGUUAAAGGAGCGAGGGCGGCUGUCUGUCAUUAAUGUGCAGAUAUUCAUUUCGCCUGGUGUUGUUUUUGUGUGAAGUUUCGGUUAGUUGUUAGUUUAUGAUGGCUCCUCAGAAAUACUCGGCUCAGGUGAUGAACUGUAAAGCCAAUGGUGCUGUAUACCCGUCCUCUGGCGUGAGCUCACUCAAGAAGCCCAAGAUGGAGCAGCUGCAGGCCGACCAUGAGCUCUUCCUGCAGGCCUUUGAGAAGCCUACUCAAAUUUACAGAUUCCUUCGAACAAGGAACUUGAUAGCUCCGAUAUUACUUCACAGGACCCUUACCUUUAUGUCUCAUAGAAACUCACGAACAAAUGCCAAAAGGAAAGCAUUCAAAGUGGAUGACUUGCUGUCCAGUGUGGAGAGAAUGAAAGGGGAGCCUGAGUCUCAGAGUUUGACUUCACAUCUGCAACUGACAUUCACUGGAUUUUUUCACAAGAAUGAUAAGCCAUGUCAAAACUCAGAAAAUGAUCAAAACUCAGUUUCACUUGAGGUGCUACUUGUAAAAGUCUGUCAUAAAAAGCGUAAGGAUGUCAGCUGCCCUAUAAAGCAAGUGCCUACGGGGAAAAAGCAGGUGCCUUUGAACCCGGAUCUCAGCCAAACCAAGCCUGGUGCCUUCCCUUCACUGCUGGUGUCCAGCAAUGAGUUUGAGCCCAGUAACAGUCACAUGGUCAAAUCCUAUUCUCUUCUCUUCAGGGUGUCUCGCACAGGCAAAAGAGACUCCAAUGGCUUCAUCAACUGUGAGGCGGAUGAGAAUAUCGAUGUAAAAGAGGAACUUCCAUCCAGAAAGAAGAGAUCCUUAUCACACAGAGGUGAUGGAGAGACCACAGAAACAUUUGUUGCUCAGAUGACUGUUUUCGAUAAAAACCGACGGUUGCAACUGCUGGAUGGAGAGUAUGAGGUUUCCAUGCAACAGAUAGAAGACUGUCCAGUCAGCAAGAAGAGGGCCACAUGGGAAACCAUACUGGAUGGAAAGAGGUUGCCCCCAUUUGAGACCUUCUCUCAGGGACCCACUUUGCAGUUCACCCUUCGCUGGACAGGUGACCCCAGUGACCCUUCAACGGCCCCUGUGGCCAAACCUCUCUCCACCCGCAAUUCUGACACCAGCACCACAGAGAGCAGACCCAGCACUCUCCGACCUGCACCUGUUGCGGUGAAGGAUUCAGUGAGCACCAGCAUACAGACCAGGAGAGAGCAGUCCCCCUGUGAACCCAGACAGAAACUACGCAUCUUUUACCAGUUUCUGUACAACAAUAACACUCGUCAGCAAACAGAGGCCAGAGACGACCUGCACUGUCCUUGGUGCACGCUCAACUGCCGUAAACUCUACAGUCUGCUGAAACACCUCAAACUCUCCCACAGUAGAUUCAUCUUUAACUACGUGCCUCAUCCUAAAGGUGCUCGGAUAGACGUUUCCAUAAAUGAGUGCUAUGACGGCUCAUAUGUCGGCAAUCCACAAGACAUCCACAGCCAGCCUGGCUUUGCCUUCAGCCGCAACGGCCCUGUUAAAAGGACAGCUGUCACCCACAUACUUGUUUGUCGGCCAAAGCGAACCAAGCCAAGCCUGUCUGAGUUUUUGGAGUCAGAGGAUGGUGAGCCUGAGCAGCAGCGGACUUAUGUGAGCGGACAUAAUCGUCUAUAUUUCCACAGCGACAGCUGCAUGCCCCUCCGUCCGCAGGAGAUGGAGGUGGAUAGCGAGGAUGAAAGGGACCCAGAGUGGCUCAGAGAAAAGACCACCACGCAAAUUGAAGAAUUCACAGAUGUGAAUGAAGGAGAAAAAGAAGUAAUGAAGUUGUGGAAUCUUCACGUUAUGAAGAAUGGAUUCAUUGCUGAUAAUCAGAUGAGUCAGGCAAGCAUGCUGUUUGUGGAGAACUGCGGGCCUCACAUCAUUCGCAGGAAUCUGUGUCGGAACUUUCUCCUCCACCUGGUCAACCUGCAUGACUUCAACCUGGUCACCAUAGCGACCAUUGACCGGGCCAUGGCCCGUAUGAAGGAGAUAGAGGAGUCACUUCCUGAACUAGAGGAGGGGCAGGAGUCGUCGGAUGUCACUUGCAAUGGUCACGCAGUGUCCUCGGGUGUUUCACUACAUGGCAAACGCACCAAAAGUGGAGUCUCAGACUGACAACAGCUGGUUUUAAAAGAAAAAUUAUGAACAGAAUCAUGAGCUCUAGUUUGAACUCAAAUUCUCCAUACUUAUCCCUUGGAAUCAUUUUAUUGUUUUGAGGUCUAGAACUCUCAGCCAGCAGUGCUUCUGUGGCUUAGAACAUGAGUUCUAUUUCUGAUCUGCCCAUAUGCCCAUUUAUUAAUAAGGAGCCCAUUUGAGACUCGAUUGUGAGUUAGCUGCUGGUAUUAUGAACUGACGCAAGUGCUUUUUGAAUGAAUUAAUGCAAUUUUUCAAUGUUUUCCAGUGCAGUCUGUCAUAAACCAUUAUCAUUUCAGCAGUCAUGUCUAGGAUAAUCUUUAGGUUUUUUUUUCUAAAAAAAAAAAAAAAAAAAAAAAAAAAAAAAGUGAGUUACUGUAGAAUUGGGAGUACCGUUAAUCAACAUUUUCUGUAUACAUUUUGACUUUUUUUUUUUUUUUUUAAACCACUGUGCGUUCAGUGACUAUUUAGCACAUAGUAGCACUUGUGUUACUACUUAUUCAGUGGCUGUAGACUCAGAAUUGUUGAGACAUGGACCCUAAGUUGUGAUAUUCAGGUUUCUCAAGUGGGAUUUGAAAGCUAAACAGUUUUGCAUUUCCUUUUUUAUAACAUACAGAUGCUCUUUUAGCAGUUUUAGAUUGGACCAAUCAAUAUAUACAUUGCAUUCUGUCAACAGCUUCUUGUCUCACAUGUGGAGUGUUAAGAUCCUUCCAUCUUAGAAUAACUUCUUCUGUGUGUAUUUUUUUCUUUUCUUUUCUUUUUUUUUUCCAGUUCUAUUUUUAAUUGACUAGCAAUAUAAUGCACACCCCAUGAAAGGAGAGCUGCCUGUGUUUGGGCUACAAGAAGUCCUUGUUUCAUAAAUCUUUGUGAACCAACCUCAUUAUGCCAUUUAGAAUGGGGAUCAGGAAUAAUUUUCAGUCCUAUGUAGGUCAUGUCAAAUCGAUGUUACUACUGGAUAUGUGGUUAUAUAAUAGUUUGUUGCUAUUAUAAUGUUCAGAUGUUGUACAUGCCAAAGUAUAUCAGAUACAGCAUCCUUACUCCUUCAAUUUGUUUUCUCUGCAAAAUGCACAAGUUUGGUGUACACAAGAAAAUUAUUUACAAAUUAAAGAUGUGUAAAUGCUCGGUUUAAA